AUGAAUCAAGAAAUCUACGAAGAACUGCUCUUCGCAAGAACUUUGAUAACCGACACUAAAGAUUUCGAAUCUAGGUUUGAGGAUAUUUUGAGUAUGGUAAUACCACCGUGGAUAAUUAAUCCAUAUGGUGACAUAGAAGAAACGAAUGUCAUAAUACAAGAAGAACUGACUGAACUAAGUACAAACGAAGAACUUAAGGUUCAGUUUAAAAACGGAUAUCAGCAAUUCUGGCUGCAAAACAACAUACCCGUUACUUAUCCCAUCUUCUGGGAUGCUCUGGUAUAA